AUGAGCAGCGCCUCUGUGGCAGCGCCCCCGGCGAGGCUGGUCGCCCCGCGCACUCGACCAUCAGCAGCGCAGCAGCAGCGAGAUACGGCAGCCGCUGGCGAGGGACGACGCCCGGAGAGACCACCGUCUAUGGAUCCAUUAUCAGACAAGGCGACGUUAAUGCUUAUCCGCCGCGUCCUCUGCCCCCAGAAACUGAGCGAAAAGGACCGCGACGUGGCCACGCCGAUCGAGGAGCUACUUCCCUCUCUUACGAGCCGAAACGACGUCGACCUACAGCUGUACGCCUUUCUCGCCAUUAUAAUACGCGAGUUUGUGCAGGCUUGGUACAACAAGAUCACACCAGAUGAGACCUUUGUCGCAGAGGCCCUGCAGGUGAUUGCUCAUUGCAGUAGGGCGCUUGAGCAGCGCUUCAGGACUCUGGACGUGGAGAGCUUGGUACUAGAUGAAAUACCCGACCUGCUGGACAGACAUAUAUCAGCAUACAGGACGAGCCAUGAUCCAGUGUCGCAGGAGCCAGUGGCGGUGGAUCCUCGACAAGUGUAUCAUGCACUCUGCCCGCUUCCUCAGCUCUCUCCUGUGCCUCGAAAGGGCGAUCAAAGGUCUAUUGAAGAGCAGAAAGAAAACGAAUCUGCCUACCGUCAACUCUUGGUGCAAGCCGUACUUGCUAUCCUGCUGCCAACGGAAGAUUUGGAGAACCCGUGUCUGACUGCCAUCGUCGGCCAAAUCUUCUCAGAGCUGAUUGUCGGCAACAUCAUUGCUGGCAAGGCAUCACAGCCGUGGCUUUUAUAUGAGAGCAUUUGCAUUGCGGGCAGAGUUCUUGGGGAGAAAAAGACACGGGCCACACAAAGAAUGGUCUCUGGCCGACACACGCCCCCAGUGAACUCCAAGGGCAAAACGGAGCGAAUGAAGUGGUCGGCACAAGCCAUUUUCUUGACGAUAGUCCACUUUGCAGUGGUGAUCUUCUCCUCUGCCCGGUUGUUCAUCACGACACUGGUUGCAUCAUCCUCAUUGCCGCUCCGGCAAACAGCGGUGGGAUUGUCGAACGAUGAUCAAAUCGGCAAGCCCAUCAAGGUUCCCGUUCUAGGUUUCAAAGCGUGGCAGUGCGUAGGGAAUUUGAUCCAGCUAGACGCGCGGAUGCCAUGGCUUUCCGGAUUUCUUUCGUUGGUGCAGUAUCAGGCUGUCCAUGGGCCAGGAAAGCUCGUAGGGUUUAACAGUCCACUUGAUCGCACUACAAACCAUGCGACAUACGUUGGCACUCCGUAUUUCACCGACGUCACGAGGUCUGAAAGCUGGGGCGAGAUGCGCACAACAGGCAUCCACAUCGGCCCGCCUGACGAUGAGGGCCGACCCGAAGCUGGCCAACCCCAACCCAAGAUACUAUUUUCGGCGUCACACCUGCCAGGGCUGCUGCGCACUCUGCGGGGCGUGCUCUUCCCCAAUAACGCACCGGGCAAGUCGACCCUGGCGCCCCCAUCAUCUGACGACGAAUUUGUGGCGCUGCGCAAGAGAGCGGCCAGUGCCCUGGUCGGCCUGCUGCCGACAGGCGUGGCCAAAUUUUAUCUAGGGAGCAAGAGCGGCGGCGAAUCAGGAGCUGCGGCGGCGCAAGAGGAUGGCAUGGUCGACGGCAUGGAAGAUUUGCUCAUGGUGCUGAAUGACGAGUACUGUAACAAACAUCUCAUGUAUAGCAUCCUGGAGCUAAUACUGGUUCGCCUUAUGCCGGAGCUCAGCGAGAAAGGCGUAGGCGAGCUCUGGGAGGAGAGACUCGGUUGA